AUGACAACCAUUCUCGAUAUCCCCGGCAGCAACCCGCCAAAUCCCUUCACCGCGCCCAUCCAAGCCCUUCUUACUACCAACCUUUCCUUGACACCAACGCCAGCACUACAUAAAACAGCUGCCCACCUUGUUGUCUCUAUCACUUCCUCUCCGGAUCCGGCUCACGCGCUUUGGACACUCUGGGAUGCCUUUUUCAUGGCCGUCGUCACCUCUUCAACUUCACACGACCCUCACCUAGCCCUCCUCGACGCGCUUCGUGCGCAGCCGGAAACGCAGACUAACAACAUACCUUCAAGAAUACAUGCAGAACGACAACUCCGUAACUACAACAGGGUCAAUGGAAAUUUACACUGGCAGGUACUGCCGCGCUUUGACGCUCAAUGGCGCGACGUCCAUGACAUCCUUGAGGCCUGGCGCGACUGGGACGGUGUGCGUGACUCAAAUGCGAAAGACAACUCCACUUUCAGUAACUUGAGCGACAGCGGCGGCAAGUACUUCCUUCGCUUCUGCAGUUUUCCGGCUGCGCUGCUCAGAGCGACCAGGGGCAAAGGCGAGGUGCAUCCUAUAUGGGUCUUCAAUGCAUGCCGCAAGGUGUUGGAGAGCCAGUGUCCUCGGUCCGGCAAGGCCAAGGCACACAGAAUGACACCGGAGCAGCUUUGGGUGCUGGAUGUUCGAGUAACAGCGAUCUGGAUACGGGAUGGGGCCUGGGCAUUGUGGGAGGCUGACCACGAGGAGUUACAGCGACACUGGGCAGCGGCGUUAGAUGACAAAACUGAACUGUGGCCGAAAGAGGAUGGGUUGACCCGGGAGCGGUGGAUACUGUGGGGCGGUAGGCUGCGGGUUUUAAGUACAGAAAAUGGGAUCUUGGAUGAGGAGACUAGAGCGGUGGUUACAGAAGCUGUUGAGGUGGUUAGGAACAUCGUUGAGGAAACAUCGGCCUAA